CCCCAAAGCCCAGACUCCGCGAUAUGAUUGGUUGUUAGGCCUUCGUUCUUUCUUUCCUUCGUCCCUGAGUGAGACAGCCGCCAAGAUGAACGACACAGUGACCAUCAGAACCAGGAAGUUCAUGACAAACAGACUUCUGCAGCGCAAGCAGAUGGUCAUUGAUGUUCUUCACCCUGGAAAAGCCACCGUCCCAAAGACUGAAAUCAGAGACAAACUGGCAAAGAUGUACAAGACAACCCCGGAUGUCAUCUUCGUAUUUGGUUUCAGAACUCACUUUGGUGGUGGCAAAACCACUGGAUUUGGCAUGAUCUACGAUUCCUUAGACUAUGCAAAGAAAAAUGAGCCCAAGCACAGACUCGCAAGGCACGGGCUUUAUGAGAAGAAAAAGACAUCUAGAAAACAACGUAAAGAACGCAAGAACAGAAUGAAGAAAGUUAGGGGUACAGCCAAAGCAACCGUGGGUGCUGGUAAAAAGAAAUGAGGUGUCUUGCAGUGAGCUGGGGAGUAGAUUGCACAGAAGGACUAACAAAUUCAAGGAUGGUGCGUCUGAAGAUUGUACUUUAAUCCAGGAGCUUGUAAUAAAAUUUAUAAAAAUUGA